AUGGAAAUUAAUAAUAACACAAAACAAAAUGAUUCAUGGAAUUUUCCAAGCAUAAAAAAACGUAAUCCUGAUAUGAGAGUAUUUACAAAUAGAAAUCUUCGUUUAGAAAAAAUAAAAUGGAUAGGUUUUGAUAUGGAUUAUACAUUAGCUAUUUAUAAAUCACCUCAAUUUGAAAUUCUUCAAUUUAAACAAAUUGUUCAAAGACUUGUUAAUGUUGGAUAUCCAAAAGAAUUUCUUAAAUUUGAUUAUGAUCCAAUCUUUCCAACAAGAGGUUUAUGGUUUGACUAUACAUAUGGAAAUCUUUUAAAAGUUGAUGAAUUUGGUCAUAUACUUAAAGGAAUGCAUGGAUUAGCUUGGUUAACAUCAAAUGAAAUUGAAGAACAAUAUCCAAAUAAAUUUAUUAAUUUAACAGAACAAAGAGUAUAUGUUCUUAAUACUCUUUUUAAUCUUCCUGAGACACAUCUUAUUGCACAGGUAAUUGAUUAUUUUGAAAAUCAUAGUGAUUUUGUACAAAAUACCGAAAAAACAGGCAUUCAAUUAGGUGAUAUAACUAUGACAUAUAAAUCAAUUUUUAAAGAUAUUAGAAAAGCUGUUGAUUAUAUACAUAUUCAAGGAACAAUGAAACAAGAUGUUAUUGAUAAUGUUAAAUAUUAUGUUGAUAAUGAUCCUAGAAUUGCUAAAAUGCUCCUUAAUCUUAGAGAAAAUGGUAAAAAAAUUUUUCUUCUUACAAAUUCUGAUUAUUAUUAUACUAAUGCAAUUAUGAAAUAUAUUCUUGGUGAAAAAUGGAAUACAUAUUUUGAUAUAACUAAUGUUGAUGCUAGAAAGCCAUUUUGGUUUGCUGAAGGUUCACUUUUUAGAGAAGUUGAUACAUUAACAGGAACAAUAAAAAUUGGUACAAGAAAAGGUCCUCUUACUUCUGAUGUUGUUUAUUCUGGUGGAAAUUGUGAAACAUUUUCUAAACUUGUUAAAUGUAAAGGUAGAGAUGUUAUGUAUGUUGGUGAUCAUGUUUAUGGAGAUGUUUUAAAAUCAAAAAAAAGCCGUGGUUGGAGAACAUUUUUAGUUGUUCCUGAAAUUGUUAAUGAAUUAAAUGUAUGGACUAAAGGAAGAAAAUAUUUUGAUACAUUAGAAAAACUUGAAGAACUUUUAAGUGAAGCUUACAAGUCAUUUGAUGUAACAACUAAAACAAAACCUAAUAAUAAAGAAUUACUUGAAUGUUUAAGAAGAACAACAAUUGAUAUGGAGUCAGAAUAUGGUGUAUUUGGUUCACUGUUUCGUUCUGGUACUUCACAAACAUUUUUUGCCUGUCAAUUAGAAAGAUUUGCCGAUAUUUAUGCUUCAAGUUGUAUAAACUUAAUAUAUUAUCCAUCCUUUUACUUUUUCCGUUCUCCAAUGAAGUUGAUGUCACAUGAAAUGACUGUUCAUCAUGGUUCAAUACUCCAUCCUUCUGGAAGACAAGGAUUUUAUCAUACUGAUACUCUUGGAGAAAAAGUUCGUGGUUGGAAUAGAGAAAAAAGAACCUCUGAAUGUGAUGGUUUUUGUGAAGAUGAAGAGGAUGAUGACACAUUACCUAAAUCAGCUUCUUUAUUUUCACUUGAAAAAAGAAAAGAUUCUGAUACAAUACCUUAUGAUGCAAAUACAGAAGAUCAAUUAACUGUCAAAAAUUUUCCAUAUACAGAUGUUAUAUCCCAUCCAAAUGUUCAAAUAGAUGAUUUAUAA